CAGAGUGGAAAUAAAGAAGGUAUAUAUAUAUAAAGCGAAAACCCUAAGGCCCUUGCAACCUUGUCAUUUUAGAGCUAAGCGGAGCGCGGCAACCAACCAACCCCAAACUGUAACCAUGGGUCGUAUGCACAGUCGAGGUAAGGGUAUUUCAGCUUCUGCUCUUCCAUACAAGAGGACUCCACCAAGCUGGUUGAAAAUCUCUGCUCCUGAUGUUGAGGAUAACAUCUGCAAGUUCGCCAAAAAAGGUUUGACACCUUCUCAAAUUGGUGUUAUUCUUCGUGAUUCUCAUGGGAUUGCUCAGGUGAAGAGUGUCACCGGUAGCAAGAUUCUCAGAAUUCUGAAAGCUCACGGACUUGCUCCUGAGAUUCCAGAGGAUCUCUACCACCUUAUCAAGAAAGCAGUGGCAAUCAGGAAGCAUCUUGAGCGAAACAGGAAAGAUAAGGAUUCCAAGUUUAGAUUGAUUCUUGUCGAGAGCAGGAUCCAUCGACUUGCUCGCUACUACAAGAAAACAAAGAAGCUUCCACCAGUCUGGAAAUAUGAAUCUACCACCGCCAGUACUCUUGUGGCUUAGAGAAGAUAUGUCAUGGAAUUACUAGUUUCUUGGUCAAGUUCCAUCUUCAAAUUUAUAGACCAAGUUGUUUUUGUAUGGCCCAGUUAUUUUAAUGGAACAAAUUUUGUUUUAUGAGAGAUGAUAAGGGAAUGUUUCCUGCUUUAAAUUGGCUUCUGAUUCCCUGAUGACUUAUGGUAUACUUGUGUUUAGCUGCU